AUGUCUGAAACGCGACGGCUUCUUCGACGCGAGAUUACCUAUGAAUCCGCCAAGGAGAAAGAGGAAAAUGUCCUCCACCAAUUAGGAUACUACCAUCAACAAGCUAGGUUCUUCGCUCAUCUUGAUGCCCACCGUUCUUGGAUUGAGUCAGUUGUUGCGCAUCAUCUGGGAUUGAAAUCCAGAACAGAAUGCCGCGUGGUGGAAACAGACCACUGGCUACAUGGAAGUUUCAAUGUUUGCAUUCCGAUCAUUCUUGGGGACUGCAUCCAAAACUGUGUCCUCGUCCGACUUCCAUUGCCCUACCGGAUCGGUGAAGCCUUUCAGCCUGGAAAUAGUGAUGAAAAAGUCAGAUGUGAGGCAGGUACAUAUGCGUGGCUACAAGAAAAUUGCCCGGAUGUACCUAUUCCACGGCUGUAUGGCUUUGCCUUAUCCACCGGCGAAAGUUUCACUCGAGUUGAACACUUGCCAUUUCUCACUCGGUGGAUGUAUAAACUCCGUCAUCAAAUUUUGAAGUGGCUGGGACAGUCUACGCCUACCAACUAUAUUCGCCACCAAAAUGCCACCCUUGGCAAUCCCAUCGGCACUGGCUAUCUCUUGAUUGAGUACAUUGAGAAAACACAAGGGGCGAUGCUUUCCAACACAUGGACUAUUGUUCAGCAUGAUUCACGACUACGGACGAAUCUUUUCCAGGAUCUCUCUCGGAUUCUUUUGAAAAUUGGCCGGAUACCCAUUCCUAAAAUCGGUUCCUUUCUCAUUGACAAUGACGGGUUUUUGAAGUUAGCAAACCGACCGCUGUCUAUUGAAAUCCAGCAAAUGGAGAAUGAAAAUAUCCCCACUGGAAUUUGCCUUAAUUAUACCUAUACAACCGUCGAUUCUUACCUGAUGGAUCUUCUUACACUUCAUGAUAAUCGGUUUCGGUACCAGCCAAACGCCGUGCAAAACCUUGGCGAUUGCGUCUAUCAGUUAUCUACACUCACCGCAAUGCGAAGUGUCUUUCAGUCAUUUUUCCAAAGGGACUUUUGCCGCGGCCCGUUUGUGUUCACUUUGACAGACCUUCAUCAAAGCAACAUAUUCGUUGAUUCUGACUGGCAUAUAACCUGCCUAAUGAUGAACACACCCUACUGGCUUACAAACAGGGGAGUGGAUGAGAUAGAUCCCACAGAAUAUAACGAGAUCAGAACAGAAUUCAUGCGCAAUCUGGCGAUGGAGGAAGAAAGCAUCGGUCCUGUUGCUUUCGCAGGCAAUAGCCACCCGCCAUCACUGUCUGAUGUCAUGAAUCAAACGUGGACUACGGGGACGUUCUGGUAUACGUUAGCUCUUUCCAGCCCCUCUGGUCUAUUUACGAUUUUCAAAGACCAAAUCCGGCCACUCUUCUGCACAGACUAUAUCGAAGAGUUCAACUUGAUUAUGCCUUUUUUUUGGAGAAGGAAUGUGGGAUAUAUUGUAGGUUGUAAGCUCUCAGAUAAGGAACAGUACGACAAAAGCCUUCGGCAGGCUUUCGUGAAUGAUUCGGAUUAG